GAGAAGAUGGCUGAUGAGUGUGAUCUGUGUCUGUUGGGACUCAUCUUUCUCUCUUCACUUCUCUCAGGUUCCAGUGAAGUGGAUGUGACUCAUGUGUUCAUCAGUUCUGGUCAAAAUGUCCGUCUGUCCUGUAAUAAUGCUCUUCAUGACUGCAAAUCAACUACAUGGACCUAUAACAGAUUCAGUCAUUCAGAAGCAGUUGAACUGAUUGGUUUAGGGAUAAAGAAGAAAGACACAGAGAGACAUGAGAGACUGAGUCUGGGGUCUGACUGCUCUCUGAACAUCAACAACAUCACAGAAGAAGAUUAUGGACUUUACAGCUGCAGACAAUAUGUGAAUGGACAAAAACAAGGAACUGAUGCUCGUGUGUAUCUGCAUGUUCUUCAUGUCUCUUCAUCUUCAUCAUCCUCACAGACUGAGAUCAGUGCAGGCCGCUCUGUGACUCUCUUCUGUCAGCUGUAUUCUCUUGCUGGAGUCUCUUGUGAUGGUUCAGGUCGUUCUGAGGGAAUUGAGCUGUUCUGGGUGAAUCAGGCUGGUGUUAAACUGAAGAUAUCAGACUCCAGAUAUCAGAUAUCAGCAUCAGAUCACUGUAACAUCACUCUGACUACAACACUCCUGAAUGAAGAUCACAACAGAGAGUGGAGAUGCAGUGUUACUCACAGAGAUCGAGUCCAGAGCUCAGUCACAUAUACUGUCAAGAGUUCAGGUUCGCUGUGAUGAUAAAGUGACUUAUGCUUCCAUCAGAGGAUCAAAAGCUGGAGAUCAGCAAAACUGCAGUCAACUUUAUGCCUCUGUGAACAAGAACCAUCACAAAUCAGACAAAUAAUUACACAGACACCACACGAGCAGAGGAAGAUGAACCUUAUAUAACAUGUUAAGAAACAAGCUCUGAUUUAUUUGUAGUUUUUGGUUAUUCUGCUCAGUUUGUCAUGUUGUUGUACAGUAGCUGUCUGUGUGUGUUUAUUAUUAAUUCAGGAUCUGCAGAGUAACGUAACAAACGGAGGACAGUUUUACACUCUUAGAUCGGUCUCAUUAAAUCAUCUAGAGCCGGUUGUUCAAAAGUAAUCUUGUUCAUA